AUGACCAAGGAAGAACAAACCGUGGUCCCGGCGAUCCCCGCGCCGCCGGCUGUGUCGGUGCGCACGGUGCACAUGGCCGGGCUGCUCGUCGACGUGUACGGACUCGACGAGGUGGCGACGUCUAGCGUGUCACGCAUAUCGUGUCUGUGGCUGCACCACCCCCGCCUGCGGAAGAAGGAGGUCAUGGCCGACAUUGCGGCGCGAUGCGUCGAUGCGUGGUGGAAGGAGAACGCCGCCAGCGGCGCCACCGGUGAAGCGUCGUCAGAUGUGUCCUCUAGCGGCGGUGGCGGUGGUGGUCGCGGCCUGAUCGCCCUGGCUUUCGACCAGCGCAACCACGGCACCCGCCUCGUGCACGAGCCCGCCAACGGCGCCUGGCGCGAGGGGAACCAAACUCACGCCCAGGACAUGUUUGGCACGAUUGCGGGCACAGUGGCGGACCAGGUUGUUUUGCUCGACUCGGUAGGCAGCUAUCUCUUCCACGAUGGCGAGGAUGGAGGGCAGCCAAGGACAAUCGACCACCAUGUGGCACUCGGGAUAUCCCUGGGAGGCCACAGCGUGUGGCAGCUAAUGUUUGCCGACCCGAGGGUGCGCACCGGUGUAGUCGUCGUGGGCUGCCCUGAUUUCCAGUAUCUCAUCGCGGACCGGGCCAAAAAGUCAAAGAGAGCGACAUAUCUCUCCGCCUGGGAAGGGACCGGAGACGACGGGGCGCCGUCUUUCUUCGGCAGCCGCGACUUCCCGCUGGCCCUGGUAGAGUCGUGCCGCAAGGCGGACCCCAAGGGCAUCCUGUUCGGGACGUCCAGCGUGCCGGCCCCAACAGCGCCGGCGUCGCCACCAGAAGCGGCCGACAACGGCGACGCUCUGAGGCAGGCGCUGCACGACCGUCUGCGCGGCAAGAAGUUCCUGCUCUGCUCCGGCGGCGACGACAAGCUAGUGCCGUACCGGUGCUCAGAGCCCUUCCUGCAGUGGUUCAAGGAGGCGACGGGAUCUCUAUUCCAGGACGAGGGCAUCUCGGUCGACGACCGCGUCUACCCGGGCGUUGGCCACACGUUUAGUCCGGCAAUGGUCAAGGACUCGAUCCGGUUCGUCGUGGACGCGGUUGCGAGCGCGGGCCGGGGCGACCCUGCUGCGGCGGCGGACGGGACUGCGAGCGACGAACAGCGGGCUUCCAAGAUCUGA